UAUCUUAAUAUAGAUAGAGAUAUCUAUGCUGCUCGCAAAGGCUUCUUCUAUACGUAUAUAGGCUGGAUAAUUGGAUAUACCCUGUACACCUGGGGUGUCGUUAGUAUUGCUGAUCUUAAAACGGGCCCCGUGGUCAUUUACCAGCAGAGAUAUUACGGUGUUAUUGCACUCUCUGGCUGCUUUGUGCUCCCGAUGCUGAUCGCCUAUUAUGGUGGAGGCGCGAAUGUCGUAGAAUUCGAGGGCGGGGUGUUCGCUAUAUCGAGGAUUUUGUUAUGCCAAGGUUCGUUAUAACAAGGAUCCACAGUACUAUAAUAUCCACCUUUUUCCCCAAUCGACCUCACAGGCGAUCUUUAUGCAAGUGAUCAGUCGCCUAGUACAUAUUGGACAAACCUAUACAGUAUUUCAUGGGAUGGACUCAGAUUGGUUCUAACUGAAGCAUGC